UCUUCUCUUCUCCUCCACCGCCGAUCCCCUUUCUCCUCUUCCCACCGACGCCAGCGCCGACGAGCUCGCGCCACCCAUCUCCUGUCACUGCUGAGAUAUGUAUUGCCAGGCGUGAUGGUAUUCUGUUUCCAGGAGGCGUGAUGGAACCACCGGAAGACGGAGAACUGGCGGCGCGUCUGCCGGAGGAUGUGCUCGUCGAUGUGCUCAGCCGCGUGACGGGGCCGCGCUCGCUCGCCGUGUCGCGCUGCGUAUGCAAAGCGUGGCGGGCCAUCAUCGACGGCGAGGGACUCAUGCGCAGGGAGCUCCCGUUCAGCGGCAUCUUCAUCUGCUUCAGGGAGCUCUGUCUGCCAGAGUUCUUCUCACGCCCCGCGUCUCUGGAUCGGCCGGCUAUCAGCGGCAAGCUCGAUUUCCUGCCCAGGGCCAUUGAAGUUCGUCCCGAUGGCAACUACUACAUCGAGGAUCACUGCAAUGGACUCCUCUUGCUCCAAGGGAGCUACAUCGAUGAUCACUACGUGGUUAACCCUGCCACGCGGUGGUGGAACGCUCUGCCCUUAUGCCUGGACAAUCGUACCGGGGGAAUCGUCCGUGGUGAUUAUUAUCUGGCCUUUGAUCCCACGGUGUCAUCCCACUACCAGGUGUUUCAGAUCCCUUAUUUGGAUUGGGGAGAAGAUGAGAUUGACCCGACAUCCGAAUGGCCUCCAUCUCCAUAUGUAUUGCAUGUAUUCUCUUCAAGGAGAGGCUGUUGGGAGGAGAGGCUGUUUGUUCGAGAAGGGGAUGCCGCAGGAACCGUUGCAAAUGCACGUGUGCGCUUUGAGGGCCAACAAAACUCAGUCUAUUGGCACGGAUCCCUUUACGUGCAUUGUCAAAGUGAUUUUGUUAUGAGAUUUUGCAGAAUAUCUUUGUCUGAAGAUAAGUACAGUAUGAUUAAGCCACCAAUGGAUAUUGGGUGGAGCAGUUAUCUAGGAUUAUCUGAAAAAGGUGUGUACUGUGCAUCAUUUGUUGAGAAUGCUCACAUUCUGGUUUACACCCUCACUGAAUCGUGUGAUCAGUUCGAGUGGAUAUUAAAGAACGACUAUGACCUUAAGCCUGUGCAAAUGUUUGAUGGCCAAGUUAAUGGACCCUGGAUCUUAGAAGACAUUAACUAUGACAAUUUUCGUUCUCAUCUACCAAGUAUCAACAAGGAAGAAGUAAUUCAAGAGAAAUUUGAGUGGAACUCUGAUGAUAACGAUUCACCCAUACAAAGAGAUUCUCUUUUUGAGUAGGUCAGAGGACUAUAAAUUGAAUGCAAUGGCGUUUGCCUAUCAUUUGAAUAGCUUCAAGCUGGUUGAAAAUUUAGGUAGCAUAUACCCGACAGGUCAUGACUAUUUCAGCUGCAGCAUUCCUAAUGAAUCUCAUGAGAUUGAUUCUUUUCCAUACACACCAUGUUGGAUCGAAGAGACCCCAGAAAGAAUGAAUUAAUCUGUAGUAGCUCGUCUCAAACAUUAUCAGUUUAUCAGAUAUGUGCUGUUUUUGUUUGGAUAUUUUUGGCUGUAACUUGUGCAACAAAUUGUUCUUUAAUUAUUAUUACUCCAUUUUGUUAUCAA